AUGGCGGGCGCGGCGGCCGCGCGGCUGCGGGCCGAGAUCCGCCGGCGGGAGCGUGAACUGCGCGGGCUGCGGGAGCGGCUGGCGGCCGAGCUGGAGGAUGAGGAUGGUGACGAGGAGGAGCAGGAGGGAGCCCUCGGCUUCCCCGCGGAGCUGCCGCCGCUGCCGGCGCGGGAGGCGCUGAGCGCGGCCGAGAUCCUGCGCUACAGCCGGCAGCUGGUGCUGCCCGAGCUGGGCGUGCGGGGCCAGCUGCGCCUGGCGCGGAGCUCCGUGCUAGUGGUGGGCUGCGGCGGGCUGGGCUGCCCGCUGGCUCAGUACCUGGCGGCGGCCGGCGUGGGCCGCCUGGGGCUGCUGGAUCACGACGUGGUGGAGACGAGCAACCUGCAGCGGCAGGUGCUGCACGGCGAGGCGCGCUGCGGGCGGCCCAAGGCGCGCUCGGCGGCCGCGGCGCUGCGGCGGCUGAACUCGGCCGUGCAGUACGUGCCGUACCGCGGGGCGCUGCGGCCGCGCUCCGCGCUGCGCCUCGUGCGCCAGUACGACAUCGUGGCCGACUGCUCCGACAAUGUCCCCACCCGCUACCUGGUGAGCGAUGCCUGCGUGCUGGCCGGCAAGCCGCUGGUGUCCGGCAGCGCCCUGCGCCUCGAGGGGCAGCUCGUGGUGUACAACUACGGCGGCGGACCGUGCUACCGCUGCCUGUUCCCGCAGCCGCCCCCGCCCGACACCGUCACCAACUGCGCGGAUGGCGGCGUGCUGGGCGUCGUCACCGGCAUCAUCGGCUGCCUGCAGGCGCUGGAGGUGCUGAAGAUCGCCUCGGGAAUGGGCUCCUCCUUCAACCAGUACAUGCUGAUGUUCGAUGCCCUCGAGGGGAGGUUCCGCAACAUCAAGCUGCGGCCGAGGAAAGCGGACUGUGCCGUGUGCGGGGACAAGCCCAGCAUCACCUGCCUGCAGGAUUACGAGGCGUUCUGCGGCUCCUCGGCCACGGACAAGUGCAGGGCUGUGCGGCUGCUGCCCGGUGGGGACAGGCUGUCGGUGCAGCAAUACAAGGAGCUGCUGGAUGCGGGGGUCCCGCAUGUGCUGCUGGAUGUGCGGCCGCCGGUGGAGGCGGAAAUCUGCCGCCUGCCGCACGCCCUGCACAUCCCGCUGCGGAGCCUGGAGCAGAGAGACGAGCAAGCGCUGCAGCUCUUGCGGGAAAGAAUCUGCGAAGAAAAGCAGAGAACUGACGGCCAGAGCUCUCUCCCCGUGUAUGUCGUUUGUAAGUUAGGGAAUGAUUCCCAGAAGGCCGUAAAGGUUCUGCGGGAGUUGCCUGCCGAAGAAUUUGGUUCUGUGUUAGCUAAGGAUAUUAAAGGUGGGCUCAUGGCUUGGGCCGCUAAAAUUGACCCAACGUUUCCUCAGUACUAGAAUUUUAAGUGGUGAAAAAAACCACACGUUUUCAGAGUAAGUUCUGUAGGGGUCCAUCUUCUCUCUGUAAUGGCUAUAUCACAUGGAAAAAACAGACAAAAAUACCAUACUGCUUUUUUGUGUUACCUUCUUUUUUCCCCAAGAAAAAUGCGUAUUUUUGUAGCUGAUUAUUUUUAUAAAAAUGUAAAUCAAUCCAUGAAAGUGGAAAGAAAUGUGUUCCUUGGUUAUGAUUCAAUAGUAAAAACUUGGCAUAACUACUGACUUGUGCACGUGAUGAUUGAGAAUAUCCUAAUUAGCAAUUGUAACCUGCAAAACAGCAAAACACGGGAAUCAUAUUUCUACUCAGUCUCUAAACUGCUUAACAAAUUGAAACAGUGCAUGAAAUGAAUAAAAAAAUAAUUACUGGUAAUCUCUAGCUGGUCUGUAGCACUAAUUAAUCUGUGCCAGGGAAUUUCCAGGACAGCACUAAUGGUGAACGUGGUGGUGAACUCCUGUCAGUUCUCUCUAGAAGCCGUGUGCAUUUCUGCACUGCAGCAGCUCCAGGUGUUAAGAACUUCCAGAGCCAUCCAUCCUCGUUUAUGGGAUGGCAAAGCAGUGCAUUCCCCAGCUUGACUAGAGAAACUGGGGUUAACUGGUAAUGAGACAGAACCCUGAAGGUUUGUAAAACAGACAGAAAAUGCUUUUGUCAGUGCUUAGAAGAUUUCAGAGAUUGAGAGAUAAUGAGGAGGUUAGAGAGAAAAAAAUUGACACUUACCCUCCCUCCUGCAAGGACAAAAACCUGAGUUUUCUGAGUUUCUCCCUGUUGCUGUGGCACUUGCAACUCCCCAGUUGGUUUUGCUGGCUGGCAUGAAGAGCUCUGCACAUCUGGGGAGUGUCUGUACUUAGCUGAAUGAAAAAAAAAGAGAAAUAAAUAGCAUUUCAACAGA